AUGUCGCAUCCGGGGAAGCCCGUUACCGAGUUGGAUUCGGUCACUGACCGAUUCCGUGACUCACUGAGUUGCGAGGCCGCCAGUCGAGACGCUAACAAACCAGAUUUCCGCGAACUCGAUCUGGGCUCGCCAGUAUCGCCGCUUCGUACGGCUCACCACGCGGUCGGCGCCGCUGGAAACGGAGGACCUGCCGCCAGUAGCAGCUCAAGCUCAUCCGGAUCCUUCUCGGGUCGAACCAACCCGGUUUCCAGAAGAUCCGAUUCGGGACACACCAACAGCAACGGCAACAACAACCACUCUGGCGAGCUUUCUGGUUCAAGUGAGAACAGCCCAACCGCAACCGGCGGCGGGAACACUCGGAUCCUGAAACCGGGUCAAGCGAGAUCUGAUUCAAUCUAUUCAGGUCAGAACGGAGGCUCCUCCUCCUCUUCCUCCUCAGCCGUGAAUUCGCCGCCGCUGAACGUCCUCCCCACCGGAAACAUCUGUCCCUCCGGUAGGAUCGUGAAGACAGGCAUGGCGGCGAAUCGGAGCUCGAGGAGCGACGUUUUGGGCUCCGGCAUGGGGAAUUACGGCCACGGAAGCAUAAUUCGCGGCGGCGGAAAGAGCGGCAGCAGCACGCCUGAUUCGCCAGGGAUCCCAAGCGUGCGGUCGAGCAGCGGCAUUGGCGGCGAAGGCAAUGUGGCGAAGAGGGGAGCGACGCAGGGUUCGGAUCCGGAGGAGCUGAAGAGAGCUGGGAAUGAGCAUUACAAGAGGGGCCACUUCGCCGAGGCAUUAGGGUUAUAUGAUCGGGCAAUUGCGCUUUCUCCGGCAAGUGCCGCCUACCGGAGCAACCGCGCGGCGGCCCUUACAGGUCUUGGGAGGCUAGGUGAGGCUGUGAGGGAGUGUGAAGAGGCUGUGAGGUUGAAUCCUAAUUAUGGCAGGGCUCAUCAUCGUUUGGCAUCUCUUUUCUUAAGGUUGGGGCAAGUUGAGAAUGCAAGGAAGCACCUUUGUUACCCUGGGAUGCCUCAUGUUUUCUUUUCUUUUGUUUAG